UGGCCACCUUACUGCUCUUUUGUGGAAUGUGACACCAAGUGCCUGCUGAUGCUGAUCCUGAUGACCAUUGAAAAAUCUUCUAUACUUUCCUGUAUUUCAAGGACAUAUAUUUUUUUCCAAACGUGAGUGCAUCUGAAAGGAAGAACAGAGCUGUGUAAUAUAAUGCAGAGUUGCUGAUGUUUGAUCAGAAUGAGUGGAUUAGGGGAGAACUCCUUGGACAGCAUGACCAGUGAUUCAAGAAAACGCAAGCCAUUGCCCUGUGAUACCCCAGGACCAGGUUUAAUUUGCAGUGGGGAGAAACGUCGACGUGAACAAGAAAGCAAAUAUAUUGAAGAACUGGCUGAGCUGAUAUCUGCUAAUCUCAGUGACAUUGACAAUUUCAAUGUCAAGCCGGAUAAAUGUGCAAUUUUAAAGGAAACUGUUAGACAAAUACGGCAGAUAAAGGAACAAGGAAAAGCAGCUUCCAAUGAUGAUGAUGUUCAGAAGGCAGAUGUAUCUUCAACAGGUCAAGGUGUCAUUGAUAAAGAUUCAUUGGGACCUCUUUUGUUACAGGCACUGGAUGGAUUCUUGUUUGUAGUCAAUCGAGAUGGGAACAUUGUAUUUGUAUCUGAAAAUGUCACUCAGUAUUUGCAAUAUAAACAAGAGGACUUGGUUAAUACAAGUGUUUACAGUAUUUUGCAUGAGGAAGAUCGGAAGGAUUUCCUUAAAAAUUUACCAAAAUCUGCAGUGAAUGGAGUUUCUUGGACCAAUGAAGCACCUAGACAGAAGAGUCACACAUUUAAUUGUCGCAUGAUGGUGAAAACAGUACAUGAUUUUCUGGAAGAUGUAGGGAGCAACCAAGAUACACAUCAAAGAUUUGAAACCAUGCAGUGUUUUGCUUUAUCUCAGCCAAGAGCUAUGUUAGAAGAAGGUGAAGAUUUGCAGACUUGCAUGAUAUGUGUGGCACGUCGUAUCUCUACAUUGGAAAGGGUAUUUUCACCAAAUACAGAAAGCUUUGUUACUAGGCAUGAUCUUUCAGGUAAGCUUGUUAACAUAGAUACAAACUCCCUCAGGUCCAUGAAACCUGGAUGCGAAGAUACGAUCCGUCGUUGUAUUCAACGAUUUUUAUGUCAAAACGAAGGACAGCCCUGGUCAAACAAACGACAUUAUCAAGAAGCUUAUAUACAAGGCCAUGCAGAAACACCAUUCUAUCGGUUUUCCUUAGCAGAUGGAACACUAGUGAUAGCACAGACAAAAAGUAAACUGUUCCGAAAUCCAGUUACCAAUGAUCGCCAUGGGUUUAUCUCCACUCACUUUCUUCAAAGAGAACAAAAUGGAUAUCGACCAAAUACUGGUACAAUGGGACAGAGCAUCAGAGCAUCUACCACUGGGGGCACAAAUUCAGGUGGUGGUGUUAUGAAUAUGCUGCCUGGGCCAAACAUACCUUUGCAGAACAGGACCUAUGGCAUGGGAGAUCCUAACUUAAUAGGACAGAUGAGUGGUGCUAGAUAUGGUGGUCCUGGAAAUAUGGGAACAGUGAACUCUGGACAAGGAAUGCAGUCUUCUCCUUAUCAGAGUAACUAUGGAUUAAAUAUGAGCAGCCCACCACAUGGCAGCCCAGGUUUGAAUUCCAAUCAACAGAAUUUAAUGAUAUCCCCUAGGAAUCGUGGGAGUCCAAAAGUGAAUUCACAUCAGUUUUCUCCUGUAACAGGUGUGCACUCUCCAAUGGGACCUGCCAGCAAUACUAGCAACAGCUUUUCAAGCAGCUCACUUAGUGCUCUUCAGGCCAUUAGUGAGGGGGUUGGAACUUCUCUUCUGUCUACACUUUCUUCACCAGGUCCGAAACUGGACAGUUCUCCAAAUAUGAAUGUUUCUCAACCGAGUAAAAUGGGGAACCAAGACUCAAAGAGCCCCGCAGGCAUAUUUCCAGAGCAAAAUCAGGUGGAGAGCUCUAUGUGUCAGUCAAAUAGCAGGGACUCUCUUGGUAACAAGGAUAGUAAAGAGGAAAGCCUUGAAGGACCUGACCAAAGGGGACCAGCUGAAAGCAAAGGGCAUAAAAAACUUCUUCAGUUACUUACUUGUUCCUCAGAGGACAGAGGGCAUUCAACACUGUCAAACUCUCCCUUAGACUCUACUUGCAAAGAACCAUCUACUAAUGCUACAAGCCCUUCAUCUGGAGUCUCCUCUUCUACCUCUGGAGGGGUUUCUUCAUCAAACAUGCAAGAGAAGCAUAGGAUUUUGCAUAAGUUGCUACGGAAUGGUAAUUCUCCCGCAGAGGUAGCAAAAAUCACUGCUGAAGCUACUGGCAAAGAUACAUACCAUGAUAGCAAUACGGUUUCCUGUGGGGAAGGAGCAGUGAAACAAGAGCAAAUGAGUCCUAAAAAGAAAGAGAACCAUGCUCUGCUUAGAUACUUACUGGACAAAGACGAUGGAAAGGAUCCACUUUCAAAGGACAUUAAGCCUAAAGUAGAAUGUUUAGACAGCAAAAUGGGACAGUGCUGUAGUUCUGCCAUACCUACAUCAAGUCAAGAAAAAGAGAUGAAAAUAAAAACAGAACCCACAGAAGAGAUGAGUGGAGAUUUGGUGGAUAAUUUAGAUGCAAUUUUGGGUGAUCUAACUAGCUCAGAUUUUUGCAGUAAUCCCGUGUCUACGAAUGGGAGUAAUAUGGGGAAUAAGCAACCGUUAUGUCAAGGAAAUAUGUCACACGGUAUGAGAAGUCUCCAGUCUGUACAGAACAUACGACCUCCUUUCAACAGAGCCAUGUCUUUAGAUAGCCCCAUAUCAGUGGGGGCAAGUGCACCAGUAAGAGGUGUGAAUGCAUUCUCCAUGUUGCAGAAGCAAAACAUGAUGGGUGGUAGUCCACGAAUUACGGAGAACCAGGAAAAUUUUGGCAUUAAUAUGGGAGGACCUAGCAGAAAUAUGCCUAUGAAUCAGCAUUCAGCGAGUGAGUGGAAUGUACAAAACUCAAAAGUGAGCAGGAUGGAACCUACAAGUGCUGGUUCAAUGGCAAGACCAGGAACAGAAUGCAGUCUUUCCCUUUCGAGAUCUUCAGUUGGUGGGUCCAUGCCUGGCUUGCCCAUGAGAUCCAAUAGUAUGCCUGGAACCAGAUCCAUGCUCCAACAACAGAUGAUUCAUAUGAGACCAAAUGAGAUGAAUAUUGGUAUGGGCGGAAAUCCUUAUGCACAUCCAGGACCAUCUAAUCAACCAAAUGCGUGGCCUGACAGCAUGCUCUCUGUUGAGCAAGGUCCACGAGGUUCACAAAACAGGCAAGUAGUUAGAAAUUCCUUGGAUGACCUCUUAUAUACUUCUCCAACUGUUGAUGGCCAAAGUGAUGAAACAGCUCUUUUAGAUCAACUACACACAUUGCUGAGUAGUACAGAUGUCACUAGCCUUGAAGAAAUUGAUAGAGCCUUAGGAAUUCCUGAUCUUGUAAAUCAAGGGCAAGCAUUAGAACCCAAACAAGAACCAUUUCAUGGGCAAGAGUCUACAGUAAUGAUUGAGCAGAAGCCUGCAAUGUAUGGUCAGCCCUACCAGGGGCAGGGAGCAGCAAUACCAGGAGGUUUUAGUAGCAUGCAGGGUCAACAGGCAGCUUUUAACUCUGUGAUGAACCAGAUGAACCAACAGAGCAAUUUUCCAAUGCAAAAUAUGCACCCCAGGGCAAAUGUAAUGAGGCCAAGAACCAACACACCAAAGCAACUCCGCAUGCAGCUCCAACAGAGGCUUCAAGGGCAGCAGUUCUUAAAUCAAACACGUCAAACACUUGACAUGAAAAUGGAGAAUCCCAAUCCUGGUAAUGCAUCAGUGAUGAGACCAGUUAUGCCUCCACAGAUGGGAUCACAACAACAGGGCUUCCUUAAUGCACAGAUGGUGGCCCAGCGAAACAGGGAGUUAAUAAGUCACCACAUCAGACAGCAAAGAAUGGCAAUGAUGAUGCAGCAACAACAGCAACAAUCUCAGGCCUUCAGUCCUCCCCCAAAUGUUACUGCCUCAGGAAGCAUGGAUGGUGCAGUUACAGGCCCUCCAAUGGCUCCAGUUCCACCCCAGCAGUUUUCGUACCCAUCAAAUUAUGGAAUGAACCAGGCACCAGAUCCUCCCUUCAGCAGAGUAUCAAGUCCUCCUAAUCCUAUGAUGGCUCAAAGAAUUGGACCCUCACAGAAUCCCAUGAUGCAGCAUCCUCAGGCAACACCAAUGUAUCCAUCUCCUGAGAUGAAGGGUUGGCCAUCAGGAAGUAUGGCCAGAAGCAGUUCCUUUCCACAGCAACAGUUCAGCCAUCCAGGGAAUCCCUCAGCUUAUAAUAUGUUGCACAUGAACAGCAAUGGUGGCCAUAUUGGGCAAAUGAAUAUUAAUGCUAUGCCUAUGUCAGGGAUGCCCAUGGGUCCAGACCAGAAAUACUGCUGACACUUCCAACUGUUAUCUCCCAGUAGACAGAUGUAAUAUAUGGCAAACACAAGUAUUCCAGAAAAGUUCACAUGAACUUCAUGGCAACAUCUUCUGGCUUUAUGGAAAUGCCACUUCUUUUUCUAUGAAGAUGUCCUAAGUGACUUAAUAAAUGAUGGACUAUUUUGGUGGCAGGGAAAAGGUGGAGUAGAAGCAAAAUAUCACUUUCUAGUGUUAAAUGAAAACCAAGGUCAGAUAUUAUUUUGGCACUCUGCCUCUAGCAGCAUGAUUUUGGUAUGGCAUUGGAGUAAAUGUAAUGGGUAGACUCUUGUAUACCGCUUCUGUUUACUGUAGCUAUCCAAAGCCUUUAACUACAGGCAGACCAAAGUGCCUGAAGUAACCUUGACAAUAGUCUUGAGUACUAGAGUCUCUGACAGAAUGUAAUUCCUGGCCUUCAUUCAUAAAACAGAUUAGAAUGCUGAACAUUCAUGCUGCUGUUAAUCUUGCUUCCAGAUGCUGGAUGCUGAUUUUCAAGUGGCAAUACAAAAGAGCUGCCACACCCUCCAACUCAUGCUCUUUGAUACCAAAGGGUUAUGGGGAGAUUAAAUACUAUAAUCAUGAUAAAGAUUUCCAUGUUGAUGUGCAGCUUUGUGCACUUUAUAAAAUGCUGUACGAGCGGGUCAAUGCAAUACCUUUAAUAAAGAAUAAUCAAAUUCAUGCCCCCUUUCAAGAUCUAUUUAAAUUAUUACAUAGUGACUUUCUGUUAUGAAAAUUUGAGCAAUAAUCAUACUUUUUAAAUUAAAAUUCAUAAAAGUCAAGGCGAAGCAUUGCAAUUUGGAGAAAUUCUUGUGAAUAAUUUUGUAAGUAGGAUCUUAAGAUGUUGUAUUAUAUAUAUAUGACUUUUGUAGGCCACUAACUCAUUUUUGAAGAGUUUGUGAAGCUAAAUAUUUAACAAAGAUAAUGUCUGUAAACUCAGUUUAGUCAAAGUUGUCCAAAUAGAUUUUUUUUAAUUUAAAUGGUUUUGGAGUUGGGUAACUUUGGCCCUUAUCCUCUUUUCAUUGGUUUCUUACAAUUUAUUUAGACUUUUAUGUACUGGCUUUUAAAAAGACUAUUUGUUUGUAUUUUAGUGGUCUUUUAAUAUUUUCUCUACACCUUAAGUGUGCACUUUGUUACUUUUUCUUAUAGAGAGCAAUUUGAUGACAAAAAGGCUCUUUUUAGCUGUCCUAACAGUUGUGGAAUUUUUAAUAUAAUCUCUCUUUUCAAGGAAAGGGCCUCUGCUCUAUGACAUCUGGUUAACUUUUAAUGAAACCUCAGUGUUUUGUGUGUGUGUUAAAUGUCUUCUAUCAUCAGGGAGCAUUUCCGAUGAUACAUAAAUAUCAAAAAGUUAUUUGCGGCAAUUAAUGUAUCCCAUUUAAUUGCCAUACUGGUAAAAAUGUAUUUAUUUUCUAAGCAGUUUUGUUCAUUUUAUAUUUUACAGUUGAGAGGUCAGAAUCCCCAUAAAUUUCUGUCAUACAAAUGAAGAUAUAUUGAUUCCUGUCUCCAUCCCCAUAAAUUCUAGUGAUUCAGAACAGGAUCUUUCAGUUGAAAGGCAGGCCAAAAUGUCUAAAAGCAGUGUGGUAUUUGCUAUUUUCCUGUUUCCAUUUGCAGAUUCAGUCUAGCUGCUCUUCAAUAUAUAAAUUGGUGAUUUUGGUUAUUUGAUUCAUAAUGGAGGUAUAGCUUCGUUUUGCAGAAGCUUGCAGUUCUAUUGUAAGAACAGAAUUAUUUAGUGCAGGAGUUGUGUUAUUCUCUCUGCAAAGCUGCUACUAUCUGAGCACAGGUUUUAAUAUUGCCUGUUUUAUGUAAUCCACUCAGCUAUUGUAUUUAACUUCAGUAAAGUUGUACUUCAAAUAUUUGGGCUGUGACCCAGAAUUCUGUAUGUGAUCUGUUGUGCUCAUGUUUCCAAGAAAUUCCUUGUCCUUUAAUUUCUUUUAAGUAUCUUUUUGUAUGUAGGUUACAUAUUCUUCAAGGACUUUUAAAAUGAUAACCUGUUUUGAAUACAUACUCCACAUGUGUAUCUGACGUGUAAUUGAUCCCAACAUUAAAGUCAGUGAGGAAAUAUCUUGCACACAUGCACAUCAAUUUUUUUGUGAAUAUGUGAUGCCUCUCAAUUGGGGCAUUUAUCUAGGUAUUUUCUUCCCUUAUCCUUAAAGAAAGAGAAAAUAUUUUUAAACUUUUCAGAAGUCACCUUACAAUUAAUUAUUAUAACAGGGCAACAUCAUGGGUAAGAUAUUUAAGACAAGACAUUGUUUUAACUUUUAUAUAUGUUGACAAUAAUCAUGACACCUAUAAGCUCUGGUUGCUCUGGAGAAAUGUUAAAAUAUGUGUUGCUGUUUCUUUUUCAUUUUGAGUGACUUUGCAUUGUUGAAGUGUUGUGGUACCUGCUGUUCACUGGUUGAUCUUCUCCAUUAUAUUUUCCCCAGUUGCUACAUUUUACUGAUUCCAAAGAGAGUUGAAACUUGAAUGAAAAUUGACCACACUGUUUAAAAAUUGUGACUAGUAGUUUGAAUUGGCUUUGUUGAGAAUACUGUAAGCACUGGUGAUUGAAAUGAUCGUAUCUGGAAUCAAAAUAUAUAAAAUAUAACUCAGUUGCAGUGCAAUCUCUCUAGUAACCGGACUGUCGAUCAUAUGGUAUGUGGACUAGCCAAAUGGUGCAUCAAACAUGGCUGAAUGUGACAAUAAGCUUAGUUUGGUAUUGGUGCCUUCUGAACUCAUUGUCUUUGUAAUAAGUUUAUUCUUACCACAUCAUACAAACUUUUGAACACAUUUAUGUGUCAUGAUGUAUAAACAUUUUCUAUCUUUGUGCUUUUACUUUAGUAAACAAUUUUUCAGCUGUAACAAACCAUUUGAAUGUUGCACAAAUUAGCACACAGAAUUUAGUAGCAGACUGUCAUGUGACAGCAAUGCAGCAAUUAUGAAACCAUUCAACUGAGAGCAAUAUUUCCUAAUAUCUCAGGAGAAAGGCAUACAGUAUUGAAAAUUGAUUCUAAAGUUAGUUUACAUUGAAUAUUGCUUGUAAUAAUUGAUCUGUACAUCACAAAAAGCCCUCCGUGUGGGCUGACAUUAAAAAAGGGUUGGUCAUAUGGUCUUUUUUCUGGGCUUUUUUGUUUUGUUUGGAUGUUAAUAAUGUAAAUAAAUGUUUCUAUUUGAAACUGAAGCUUUGUGGCUUACUUGGCUCCUCAGUUAUCAAACAGAUUAAUAUGAGAUCCCCCCUCCUCCCUCUUUGUGCUCCUUUGGCAUUGAGAUACAUUUACAUUUUUACCCCUCCAACUUAGUUCUAUCUUGGAAAAAGAAAUUAACUUUACAGUUUUCCACCUCUAGCAAUUCUAAUACGGAUUUUUGGUGACUGAAAUGCAAUCUGUUGUAAUUAAUUUAGGAAACAAUUAACCCGUUCCAUAACACAAAACUGUUUUAUCCCACAUAACAGUACAGUUGUCAUUUAUCACUUCAGUGUUUAGUUUAAAAAUAGUGGACAAUAUUGGGGAAGGAAAAAGCCGCAUAGAUGUGGAAUUUCUUGUAAGAAGAAGAAAUAUUUAACCUUAUUUCCAGUUUGCUUAUUGAGAUGGUCAUUGAAGAAGAGAAUAUUAAGAGAAAGCCCAACAUAUCCGGUUGAUUAGUUACUCCUUCCAAAUUCCUGCUUGAUCCAUGCUUGGGUAUGCAUAUUUCUCAUUUAGCCACUACACUGACAACUGACAAGGUAAACCUGUAAGACACACACAC